CCUAACGACAAAGAGCUAGGAAUUUCGCGUAUGUGAUUGGAUAAAGAUAAUAUCAAUCUAUUGCUCAGGGGCGAAUUGGGUUUUCUGUGUCCCAUUUUGACUGUUGAGAGGGAAGUCUGUUUAUGUCCGGGAUUUUGUGAAGUUGUAGAGUUGCUGAUACGGAAUUGUUGUUCCUGGAGCUGAUGAAGAAGCUGGUGGCUUUAGCUGCCGGGGUGUAGGUGACUUGUUCUGAUAUUUUAUACCCUGUAAGGGUUUUGUGCAUGCUUGAUAAUGUCUAUCGAUUUUGAUAGUGGAGCACUGCAGAUUCAGCAAGAGGAUGAAGAGUAUGAUAAAGAGGAUUAUGCCCGGGAGCAAGAGCUGCAACAGUUGUUAACAGAUCUUCCCCAUGACAUGCUUGAUGACAGCCUUUCCUCAUCACCAGAACCAAGCUAUAGUGAUUGCAGCGGCCAUGAAGUUUCAGAACAAAUGCAACAGUGGGAACAUGGAGCAAAUUGGAAUGACGAUGAAUUGCCAAACCAUCAACAGCCCUAUAAAAAUGGGUUUACAGAGAACCAGUAUUGCAUGGAAUUUGUGGAUAAACAAGAUGAGAAUCUUAGAAAUCAAAUGGGUGGUGAUAAGAUGUCCAAUGGAUGGAAUGUGCUGCAUGCUGAUAAUAAAGAUAAUAUGUUUAAUGGCAAAUACCGCUACUCCAAAGAUCAUGCUUACAAUAAUGAAUCAAAUGGGGAAGCCUUUCACAGAGGAGAUCAUUACGAUGUACCUGGUCAUUGUUCUAGCAGUGAGUUGUAUCAUCUCCCAGAUGACUUUCAACCCUAUACAAACAGCCACCAACAGGUUGAAAAUUUUCCAGAUGCUAAACAAGAGCAUUUUCAGGGUUUUGCUGUACAAGAAGAAACAAGUAAACAGUCUACAGAGCCUUAUCAAGUAAAAUACAAUCCUUACCAAAUAAAUACUACACAAAAGGAUGAGAUGAACCAAGAAGUUGGAAGAAGAGAUGGCAAUUUUGAUGACUUGCAGAGAGAGUUCUUAGAUACUGGGGAAAAUUCUGCAGGCAACAUGCAGUUUGUGCAGCUUCAGGUUUUGUACAAAGCAAGAGGAAGGCAGCUUGAAGAGCAAAACAACAACUUAGAAGAGUGUGAAAGGCAAAUAAGAUAUCUUAACCACCAACUUGCAAUAGUUAAAGAUCAAAAAGAUGGCUUGACUAUCAGCCUACAAGAAUCUCAAAAACUACUUCAAAAUUCCAGAGAAAUGGAGAUUCAGUUAAAGGGGCAAUUGACUGCUCUGCAAAAGACAGUUGAGAGUGUAACCACAAAUGAAGAACAUCUCAGAAAAGAAUUGAACGUUGCUAAAGUAGCAAUGGAGAGUAUGCAGCAACAGCUUCUAGACUUGCGACGCUCUGAAUCCAUACAACGAGCUAGAGAGCAACAUGAAACUGUUGUGUCAAUGCUGAAAAAGAAGAAUGAGGAACAAGUGUUGGUAUUACAGCAGAAGCUUGACGAUAUAAAUGCAGCACUUAAUGAAGAAAAAGAAUUGUGUAGACGUUUGGAGGACCGAUUAAAACUAUCUGAAAGAAACCAAGAAGAAAGCAAACUUGAAAAAACAGAUAUAAUUAACAGGCUCAGUAAGAGUCUAGAAGAAAGUCAGAAGCAGUGUGCUAACCUUCUGCAGAGUGGCUCAAUACAAGAAGCCUCUCAUCUAAGGUUGCAGCUACAGCAAGUACAAUCUUCAAAAAUCAUAACUGAUGGCAUGAACAAAGCCUUACAGGAAGAGGUGCGUGAACUGCAGGAGCAAAUUACAAUGUAUGAAUCUGCUGCAAGAUUGGGAGUUUUUGUCAAUGGUGGUGAAGAGCAACAACUCUCCGAUUCAUAUGUGGAAUUGGGAAUUAAAAAGGUUAACUGGCAAAAAUCACAACUUGGCAGGGUUGUGUCACAUAAUGGCGUGAAGAAUGACCUUUCCUCAGAGGAGAUCAUCUUAGAACUUAAAAGUGAGCUUGAACGUUGCUUGAACAGCAAUAAAACAAAAAGAAAGCAGAUUGUUACUCUGCAGGCCGAUCUAAAAGGACACGUGUCAAAAAAUGAAGAAUUAAAGAAGUCAUUGGAAGAGGCAGAAAGGACAGCCAGAGACAAUCAAAUUCGGGCAGAAAACCUAGCAAACAAAGUGGAUAAGUCUCCGUUUCAGUAUUUAUCAAGUGAUGAAUUUAGGGAAGAGCUUCAAAAACUCCAAAGUGAAAAACAGAUACUUCAGCAAGAAAAUGAGAAAUAUUUGCUACACAUUAAAGAGCUUACAGCAAAUGAGGAGAAACUGAAGGUUGCUAACCAAGAACUCUGCAAUGAAAUGAGAGGGAUGAUACAGGACUUUGAUCGAGAUAAAAAGGAAGCUAUUGAAAGAUGUGAGAGGACAUAUGAGCAACAUAAUGAAGAUAUAAAGGUCCAUUUACUAAAAGAGCUGUAUGAAAAGUUUGAAUCUGAAAAGGAACAACUUUCCCAGGAUUAUGAGGAAAAAAUGACUCGGCUACAAACACAGAUGAAUGAAAUGCACAAUGAAAUGACCGCAGUGCAAGAGUGUUACAUAACACUCUGUAAAGAGAAAGAUGCAUUGGAAGAUAACACGAAAGAACACCUUAAAAAACAGCUUCAAAAGAGUGAAGAAGAGUUCAGCGAAAAGUCUGCAAAAGAAACACAAAAGUCUUUGCAGAUGCUUAAAGAUGAAUUGGAAGAAAACCACAAAUCUGCCAUGUUAGAAGCAAAGGCUCAGUGGCAGAGAGAAAAAGAACUGGAGUUCCAGAAGCAAAGUGAGGUUCAGAUUGCACUGUUAAAGGAAAACUGCAGAAAAGAGCAGCUACAGAUCACUGCAAAAGCAAUUCAAGAUGUUGAAAGGGAAUGGGAACAAAAACUAAACCGGGCUUUGCAAGAUGCCAAGACUAAAAGUCUCCAGAAUUUUGAAACUCAGACUACACAGACAGAUAAAAGCUUCCUGGCCAAAUCUGCCUUAAUUGCAGACUGCGUUGAUGAGCUAAAGGAUAAACUGCAGAAUGCUGUGCAAGAUAAGGAAAGAGCUGUACGUCAGGCUCAGCUGGAAUUGGAAGAGCGCCACCGCGAGGAGAUUUCCAAGCAGGUGGAAGUGACUUUAACCAGGGCUUAUGGACGAUGGCUGCAAGAAUUUACCACUUUACCUGAAUACAAAGCCCAGCUGAAACUAGAGCAGGAAAAAUGGGAGAAAAUGAAUGAACUUAAUGUGGAGAGACAGGUGUCUGAUGCUCUUAAUGCAGCAGAAAUAAAAUGGAAAAUGAUGUCUGACAAAGUUGAUUUUACUGUCAGCCAAAAAGAGUUUGAAGAAAAGAUUGCAUCAAUGAAAAGAGAGCUUGAGCUGAAAGAAGAGGAGUUUCAGGCUUUACUGAAGGCUGAAAUAGCAAAGGCUCGAGCACAGUGGAACAAAGAGAAACAUGAUGAAAUCCAGAGGCUGCAGGAAGACAAUGAAAAGGAUUACCGUGUGUUUUUAGAUGAGCAUCGGAAUAAACUCACUGAUGUCCUCUCAACUACCAAAGUAGAAUUUGAAAAACAAAAAAAUGAAUUGAUUGCACAAAAAGAUGGUGAAAUGGCAGAGAGACUAGAUCAGAGCCUGAAACAAUGGGCCUUAGAUGAAUCACGACGUAUGCUUGAUCAUGAAAAUGAGAUUCUAUCAGAAACUGAACAGUGUCUGUGUGAAAUACAUGAUCAGUUGUUAACUAAAUCCAUAGUUAAAGACCCAUUACCAAGCAUGAAAAGUACUUUAAAUGCUUCCUUUCUGGAGAAGUUAAAAGCUUGCUUACAGAGAUCUGUGAAGGGCAUUGUCUGCAAAGUGCUGGCAACUGCAAAACAAGACUGGAAAAAGAAGUAUGACGCUGAAUCAAAUCAUGCGACUGGUAUAACAGGAGGGCAGCUAGAAAGAUCAGAAGAAAGAAAAACAGCAAAGAUUGGUCAUUUUGACAGAGAUUUCACUGAUCUAGGUAAAAAUGAAAAACAGUCUUGCUGUGAUCAUUGGAUCCAACAACUUGACAAAUCAAAAAAGGAUUGUCACGAGUUCAAAAGCAAGCUGGAAAAAGCAUGCAGACAUCUUCAACAACUUGUAAAGGACCAAAAACUCAAAGCUGAAAAAUAUAGAGAAAACACUAUACUUACAGAGGAACUGAGAAAGCAAAAUACGGAGUUACAGAAAAAACUUGAACUGACCGUUGCACAGUCUCCUGCAUGCUUGGAACCAGUAGAGGGUGUCAGUAAUGGUUGCGUGAAGUGUAAUGGCAAUGCUUUAGAAGAAAUACGUGCUCAGUACAUCAAAGCUGUGGACAAAAUCAAAAAUGAUAUGCUGCGUUACAUACAUGAAAGCAAAGGUAGAGCUGCUGAAAUGCUGAAAUCUGAAGUUUUAAGAGAACGACAAGAAACUGCUCGUAAGAUGCGGAAGUACUACUUGACAUGCCUGCAGCAACUGUUAGAAGAUAAUGGGAAGAAUGAAGGAGCUGAGAAAAAAAUCAUUAAUGCUGCAAGUAAACUUGCAACUAUGGCCAAGGUGUUGGAAACUCCUGUUUCUCAAAAGUACCAGAGCAAAAGCCUACAAUCAGAUACGCUACAGGAUGAAAAUAAGUUGGCUAAAUCUAAACAAGUCCAGAGAACCUUACAAAAGUCAGCCCAAAGCCAUCAGAAUAUUGACCAGCAUACUAUAGAGGAGCUCAUCAAAAGGCAUGUUAGGGAAAAGUCUGAUGGGAACCAAAUAACAGCUACAAAUGAGAAUUCUUCUUUUCCAACACUUAGAAAAGACUUUUUAGAUAAUGCAAAUUCCCACUUUAACACCACAGUGCCAUUGCAAAAAGUAAAAGCAUUUAGCUGUACUGAUUCAGUUGCUGAGUGUGUCCUUGUUAAACAUUCGGAGCAAAAUGAACAACCCACUUUGAAAGGUGCUAGAUUAUAUCCCAACCCUGAACAGCCAAAUAAGAAAUCAGGCCUGCAAAGGUUUGAUCUGCAAGAAACCCCUGUGCGGGAUGAAAAUGGAAGCAAUGACUGGAGCUGUAUUAGCAGCAAAAGCCUCUUUCAGUCACACUCUGCAAAGGGUCCUUUGGCACAACUGAAAAUGGAGCCACAGAUUUGUGAUGGUCAGGAGAAUUCUUCAGCUGCAGCUUCAUGUGCUCUUGCUGAGGAAAGCCAUGACACAUUUAGCAGUGAUGGUAGAAGUCAGCAUUAUUUCGCUCAUAUUGCAAAGAGAAAAGAUGUCAAUCCAGGCAGAAAGUGUUCUAAUAAGAUCCAAGAACAUUCUUCUUCAGCUGCAGGAGUUCAUCCAGAAUCCAAAAUAUAUUCAGAUGUAGGCCAAGGCAGCAAGCUUACAUCAAGAAAAUUGUUAAUUGAUUUUACAUUAUCUCCUCAGCAAGACAGUGGUUUUGACAGCCCAUUCCUUAACUUAAAUAGUUUCAACUGAAAUUGCACAUGCUAUAAACAAUAUACUUUUAUAUGGGAACUCCUAAAGAUUUAUGGAGACGUUGUUUCCUUGUAUGUUAUCUACACUGUGUGUAUACAGACUGGAGGUUUUUAUGUGUUCUCUGCAAACAAGUUGUGUGUGUGUGUGUGUUUUGUUUCUUUUGUGUGCAAAGAUCUAUUUUUUUAUACUUUGUGUUUGUGUUUUAUUGCAUUAUUUAUAAUAAAGCUAAUUUUCAUU